UUCACUUGGUGAAUGGCCGAGUUACUUAUAUUAUCUUUAUAACUAUAAUAAUAUAUUAUUUACACACUAUCAUUAUAAUGAGGUGACGUGGAUCUAUUACAAAGCUCCUUACUUAUGCAUUCCAAUAUAACGUAGAGUAAUUAGAAAGUGACAAUGGCCGGUACGCCGGUUAAAUUGGGCUCGAUACUAUCGUUCUGUGCUGUGCUUUAUGCGAUGUUUUACAGAAGAGAUAACUUCGGAGAUGUAAGGCUAUCAUCAGUGAAAGUACAUUUACUUCACCUAGAGAAGGAGAACAGAGUAGGGUCUGGAAUUCAUCAACCUAAAGUGGCGCUUGGCUAUGGCGCCUGUCAUGACCUUUUCGUUAACGCGACCUCAUUAUUAAACCCUAAAGAUUUAAAAGGGAAGCCUGAACAUUUUAAUGAGAUAACCAGUAAAGAAGAGUUUAUAAAGAGCUUCGCUUAUUUUUUUAAACAUGGUGCAGCUGCAGAACGAUUUAUGUCCAAUGGGGAACUUUAUGAUGAGUUAGUGGAACAAUCACUAAAAUUACCUGAUUCAAGAUGGGCAAUUGGUGGAAACGCUCCUCUCAUGGCAAAAAGGUUCCAUUUGGAGGGCUGGAAGGUGUUGCUAGGUGCAAAAAUGAGUAAAAAAUUAAAAAGUUACAUUCCAAAAGAUAUAGAAAUAGUAGGUGAUGAAAAUGACGAAGAAGUAAAAGAUGAUGUUCACAUGAUAUUAGAAUAUAGGGCUGAUGAAGAAUUUGGUGUAUAUAAAUCACCAAGAGCAAAUAGAUACAUUAUGCACAAUGAUGAAAAUAAUCCAUUGUUAACGUCAUUGGAGAAAUUAGGAAAAACUUUACCUUUGUUUAGUCCUAAUUUGCUAGUCAUUAGUGGUUUACAGAUGAUGGAUAAUUUUCCAUUCAAGCAAAAUGGAAGAGAUUUGAGAGCUGAACGGUUGGACCUAGUAAAACAACAAAUUUUAACACAACCUAUUAAUACUUUGGCUCACUUUGAAAUGGCUAGCUAUGUAGACUUAGAAUUACUUUUACACUUAACAACAAAAGUAAUACCAUUUGUAGACUCAAUUGGUAUGAAUGAACAGGAAUUAUCUAACCUCAAUAGUGUCUUAGAAUAUGGUAAAGUAAUGGUUGUUGCCGAUUCAAAUCCAAGAAUAGCUACAGCUUUAGACCAAAUGCGGAAAACAUUCGAAAUAAUCAGACAGAAGAAUAUACAAUUUGGAAGCAAGAGAAAAUUGACGAGAAUUCAUGUACACACUCUGGCGUAUCAAGCUAUACUAACAGUGAAAGAUUCAAAUUGGAAAAGAACAAAGGCAGCAGCUGCUAAAGCCUCUUUAACAGCGCAUAGAUAUGUUUGUAAUUCUCAAAAUAUAGCUUUGGAUAAAAGCAAACUUUUGCUAGAUGAUAGCUUUUCAACGACAACUGAUAACAAUAAUAGUCGGGUAUUUUUUGAAGCAACAAGACCAGUUGCUUGUUGGGAUGAGGUAUUAGACAAUUAUGAAGUAGAUAUUUGUGUGGCUCCCGUUCUAAUUUGCACUGAAGCUCAACUGACAGCGGGUGCUGGUGAUAACAUAUCAGCUGCGGGAUUAGUAUUGCAGGUGGAAAAAUGAAUUUUAACUUUAUUUUGUAUGGAACAAGGUUUGAACAAUUUGUUUUUUAGGUGUUUUUAUAGAUAAAGAUAUUUAUUGAUCAAUUUUAUGUUAAAUAUCUUAUAAUUACCAAUAAUAGUUUUUUACUUUAAGUAUUCAAUAAUAUAAUAAAACUACACUUUUCAUGUAAAAUUAAUAUUUAUGCUUGAAUUCUUAGGCAAUAUUGUUAAAGUAUAUUCAAUUGGUCACUA